AUGGAUCAAGGCGCUUCAAACCGCAAGACGAAGCGUAACAUUGCCUGUGACGAAUGCAAACGACGAAAAGUGAGAUGCUCAGCGGAGCCCACUUGUGCAGAUUGUGCUCGGCAUGGCAAGGUCUGCAUAUACUCUUCACCCUCACACCGAGUGACAGCGCUCCAACAAACCAUUCGACACUAUGAGACUCUCCUCACAUCGAUCUCCAAGGCCUGGAAGACCCACCUGCCAAACCUUCCGCUUGAGCAAGCUCUGAGCAACGAAACAGGUCCCAUCACAGCAUCUGACUCUCACGCGACACCUCAGGAAGCUCCGCCAACGGCAAGUGCCUUCAGUCUCCUCAAAUAUGGCUCGACAGACGCAGCCUCUUCCUCAGAUCUCGGCACUCCGGAACAGAGCAACGCAGAAGACUACGAAUUCGAUGAGUCGCAAGACUUUGGCAACGCCAUCGAUGGCAUGGGCUUUCUCACCGCCGAGGCAAGCAAAGCUGGAUAUACAGGCCCGCAAUCUGGUAUAGCUGCUCUGAAGUUUCUUCGUUCAUUGCCGUCCGGCUAUCAGGAUGAUAGUGGAGAUGGCGUCCUACCAGUCUCGAAUGGUCUCGCGGAGGGCAUGAGAGCUAACACCAACGUCGACUCUUUCAUCAACGACUACUUUGCGUACUAUCAUCCUGCAUAUCCGCUUCUACACGAGGGGCUGUUCAGAGCAAGAUUGUCCGGCGCUGUGGCGAAACCACGAGAUGGAUCCUGGCCCUUACUGUUCAAUAUGGUCGUCGCCAUGGGAGCGUUUGCCGGUGAUUCGACCGAUAGCGAUGUCGACAUACAGUACUAUCAAGUUGCGAGAAACAGCAUUUCACUAGACAUAACCGAGAAAGGCUCGCUUUGCUAUGUUCAAGGGCUAACGGUCAUGGCAAACUACCUUCAAAAGCGCAACAAACCGAACGCCGGCUUUGCGUUGAUCGGUAUUGCCUGGUCAAUGGCGCUUGCCAUCGGACUGCAUCGUGAGUUUGGUGCCUCAUCCACUACGCCAUACACCAUGGAGCAGCGACGGCGGACGUGGUGGACUCUGUUCGUCUUCGUCUCUGGAGCUCAGCUCACACUUGGGAGGCCUCCAGCAUCCCUGGUAGGCAUCAAUCUCCGCCUACCCACGAAUCUAGAUGAUGCUAGUCUGAGCGUUGAUAUGAGUGAAGUGCCAGGCGCGCAGGAAGGUGCUACCAUCAGUACCUGUCUCAUUGCUCAGGUCAGACUCGCCCAGAUUGCCAACGAAGUACAAACCGAACUCCUCAGCAACCAGGUUCCGACGUCCCAGAGGGUUGAGGUGCUCAGAAACCAGAUUAAGACAUGGCAAGCAGAGCUUCCACCCUGCUUCGAUGAGGGUCUGUCGUAUCCCACGUGGUUCGAGCUGCCAAAGCGUGUGCUCCUCUGGAGAUCCUCCCAUUUGAGAAUUGUUCUCGAUCGACCUCUGCUCUUCCGUGCGGUCACGGAUAAAGUUGACCUUUCCAUAUGCGAAGGCCCUGUCUGGGAAUGCAUCAACACAGCUGAUCAUUGCAUUCUGGAGAUCUGCAACUUCCUGGAAAGCAACGAUUUAUGGAGACGCGGGUUUGCCUGGUAUGCAACUUACUGGCUGGUCUCAGCUAGUUUCGUUCAUGCCGUCUGUUUCGCCUACUCGCCACCGAGCCGGACGAAGGAGCAGUGGCGAACGAGGCUCCAGCAGGCAGUAAGCGCUCUUCAAAAGCUGAGGACUGCUCACCGCAAAGCUGGUCAAGCUGAGCGAGUAUUGGGAAGACUGUUG